AUGAAGUCAUUAUCGGUUUUACUAAAAAAUAAACAUUCAUCUUAUCAUUUACGUCAAGAGGCAGUAGCCGUGGGCAUACAUUCAAUGCUUCGGAAAGUGGACACAGUGGUGACAUCAUAUCGUUGUCACGGCUGGGCGCAACUGAUGAGUGGCGAUAUGUUCGGAGUGCUCGCUGAAAUCGCCGGCUGCAAGGCCGGACGGUCGCGGGGUAAAGGUGGCUCCAUGCAUAUAUACGCAAAGAACUUUUAUGGCGGGAACGCAAUCGUAGGCUCUCAGAUUGCGUUGGGCGCUGGUAUUGCAUUCGCGCAUAAGUAUCGCAACGAUGGUGGCGUUUGCUUCGCCGUGUACGGCGACGGCGCGGCCAACCAGGGCCAGGCAUUUGAGGCUUACAAUAUAGCGAAGCUUUGGAAUCUACCUUGUAUAUUUGUUUGUGAAAAUAACAUAUACGGAAUGGGCACAAGCAUCAAACGGUCGUCAGCCAGCACCGAGUUUUAUAAGCGUGGCGAUUAUAUCCCUGGUGUCUGGGUGGAUGGAAUGGAUGUUUUAGCCUGUAGAGAAGCUGCUCGUUAUGCUAUCGAACAUUGCACUAGUGGAAAAGGACCGUUAAUUAUGGAGAUGGAAACUUAUCGGUUCACUGGACACUCUAUGUCCGAUCCAGGAACGUCAUAUCGGAAGAGGGAAGAAGUAAAACAAAUGCGAGAGAAUAGAGACCCUAUCAAAGUGUUUAGAGAGAAAGUUACUAGCACAGGUCUGGUAACAGCAGAGAAACUUAAGGAAAUUGCUAAUCGCAUUCGCGAAGAAGUUAAUGACGCAUCUGAAAGAAUAAAAGUUGAAAAAGAAAGCGGUCCAGAAGAUCUUGCCGCAGAUAUUUACCGAAAAAAUCUUCAUCCAUUUAUACGGGGCAUAAGACCUGACGCGCCUUUGGCACACGCUAAUUUUUUUAAGCAGGAAGAUGAUUUUAUUCCGUUGGAAAAGAAAGUGAAAGAGAAUUAA